AAAAACAUUAAAAUCCUGAGAAUUCGCCGAGAGACGAAAUACCAACACGAACGUUUCGCGUAAUGCAAUUUACUUGGUUCACGAAAGUCAAUAUACAUGAUGCAUGCUACGACCUGAGCGAGUUAGGUUAACUGCUAGGCCAACAAAAGUGCGAACGACUCCUUUCACCUCCCACGAUGAGCAAAAGAAGACAGAUAUAGAGGCAAAACGGAGGGAAUUAAUGGCACGUGGCCUUCCGAAAUCAAAACCUUUGAAAGGUGUCAAACAAAUUGUCGUCAUAGCGUCUGGAAAAGGUGGCGUCGGUAAAUCUACCACGGCCGUAAAUUUAUCCAUCGCUUUGAAACUUACUGAGCCGCAGAAGUUGGUCGGUUUGCUCGAUGCCGACGUAUUUGGUCCAUCAGUACCAUUAAUGAUGAACAUACGACAAUCUCCUACAGUGAACGACAGAAAUCUUAUAGAACCUGUUACAAACUAUGGUAUCAAAUGCAUGUCUAUGGGCUUUCUAAUUGAUGACAAGUCUCCUGUUAUUUGGAGAGGAUUAAUGGUAAUGAACGCCAUUGAGAAACUGUUGCAUCAAGUCGCAUGGGAUCCGUUAGAUUAUCUUGUUAUAGAUACUCCACCUGGAACAGGAGACACACAUCUUUCAAUCAUACAAAAUCUUCCGAUAGCUGGGGCCUUAUUAAUAAGUACACCUCAGAAGGCAGCUCUGGAAGUAACUAGAAGAGGAGCUAAUAUGUUUAAACGUCUGAACAUUCCAAUUAUUGGAAUUGUGGAAAACAUGAGUAAUGUUAUAUGCCCAAAAUGUAACAGUAGCAUUCCUCUUUAUAAUGGUGAAACACAAGUGAUUGCUAAAGAACUUGAUGUGCAAAUUCUACAAUCUGUCCCCUUGUCAGAAGAUAUUGUAAAUAGUUGUGAUACUGGUAAACCAAUUGUGUUAUCUGCAUCAGAAAGUACUCAAGCUGACGCAUACAAAUACUUGGCAAAACAUGUAAUUUCGUUCUUAGCCAAGCAACCACAAAAUUUAGAAUGACAUUUUUAGAUAUUUUCUUUUGAUUAUAAUUUUUUUGUAUGAAUAUGGAUGUUUACAAAACAUACGGAUAUUUUAAAAUUA